AUUUAAUCACUUGUUCUUUUUUUCUCUUUUUUCUUCUUUUUUUUGUUUUCUUUUUCUUUGAACAAUGGAUAAAAUCCGUGAGAAAAUUAAUGCAGUGCGUGCUGAAGCUGAUGCAGCCAAUGCCAAAGUAGAAGAAUUAGAACAGAAAUUGAAAGAAUUGACUCAUGAACAUACACAACAAGAACGCGAGAUUGUAUCUUUGAAUAACAAGAACAGACAACUUGAAGAAGAUUUGGAAACAGCUCAUGAUACAAUCAAGGAAUUAAAGGGUAACGAAGCAGAAGAUAAUGAUGUCAAGAAAGAGCAUGAGGCUGCUAUGCGUAAAAUUACCAUGCUUGAACAAGAACUAGAAGACUCUGACAAGUCUUUAAAAGAAACCACUCAAAAUUUCCGUGAAGCGGAUGUCAAAGUCGAACAACUUGAAAAGAAAGUUGAGCAAUUGACACUCAAGUUGACUGAACAAGAAACUAAAAAUGAAGAACUUGCACAACAAAACAAAGAAUUGAGUGGGCAAUUGGAAGAGUUUAGCAAGCAAUUGGAUGAAAUGUAAUAAAAUUUUCCGAGUGUAUUAAACAUCA